CGAACGGUGAACACGGACGAAGUGUUGCUCUCAGCGGGAGUUCUGAGAAGCAAUCGUGAACAUUCAUUCUGAAAUUCAGAACUUCAGUUCGAUCAUUCGACUUGGAAUAAAAUAUAAAACCGAAUUAUUUCACAAACUCUGCGUUCAUAUUCAAUGCCAAAUUGAUCUUCUAAAUAAAAAGUAAAUAAAUAAAUGGACUAACAUCUGCGAACUUUGUAGAAAUAACGUCUGCUGAUAACUUUAAAAAAUCGUCUGCAUUUAAUUGAUAUCUGUUACUUGAAAAUUCUGAAUUGGAAUUUGUCUCAUAUGAAUAACAUUCAGUUUAUGCAAAUAUAAAAUACGGAAUAUUAAAAUCAGUUUGUUGAAGUUUUUCAUAAGGUAUCAGAUAUGGAGGUUCAGAAGUGCGUCUGGAUUUGGAUUCUUUUGUGUGUGACUUCAUCACUGGGCUUGAACGCGACGGAUUCACUACCUGAAUGUGUUCGGGAUGGAAACAACUCGAGGGUGGAAUGGAGAUUGCAGAAGCAGACAACUCAACUUUAUUUGAAUUCGACAACCGCUGCUUGCUAUUCCGGAGUGAAGUGUUUCAAUCAGACAGAGAAGAAUAAAGAAGUUUCCACUACUAUUUCCGUUGUUGUGCAGACCGGGGACGAAAUACAGCUUUUGAUUGACCUUGAUGAAACAACUGAGAAUCACACUACCCAACUUGCAUUAGUCACAAAGCCGGAACAUUUUUCCAAAUGCCAAUUUGAGCAUCAAAAGAUUAUAAUGACUUCGGAUAUGAAAAAUUUCACUUUAAUGGAUUCGGUCUUGCAUCCUGGAGAGGUAAAUUUGUUAGUAAAAGUUUCCCGUGACACUGAAUGCGAUAUCUUAUGGAGCCUAAAAAUAAAAGUGCAAGAGCAUGAAUGCCUAAAAAAUAAAGACCAGAUUCUCUGCUCGGGUAAAGGAUUCUGUGAUAAUUUCUCAAACACGGGGUCUUUCUCCUGUCGAUGCUGUCCCGGAUUCGUGGGCAAAUACUGCGAGGAGAGGGAUGGUUGCUACGGCAACCCCUGCCAACAUGGUGGAUUUUGCGUGGACAUCGCCGAGGGACUCGUCGGUACAACUUUCCAGUGUCUCUGCCCCCAUGGAUACCGGGGACGAUCCUGCGAAGGAGAGGUGAGCCUAUGUGACCGGCGCCCGUGCCUCAAUAACGGCACCUGCAUCGGCAACCAGACCGAGUACACCUGCGAAUGCCCCAAAGGAUUCGCCGGGGCUGUUUGCGAAACCAACGUCAACGAGUGUCUGUCCAACCCUUGUGUCCACGGAGUAUGCGAGGAUGGAUUCGGAGGAUAUAAGUGCUACUGCCUUCCAGGUUAUGGUGGGGAUCAUUGCGAAUUCGAAUAUGACGAGUGCGAUUCGAGCCCGUGCAUUAACGGAGGGGCAUGCGAAGACUUGGUUGCAGGGUAUAGAUGCCACUGUGGACCUGGUUACGAAGGAAGACGAUGUCAAGUAAAAGUGGACCUGUGCAAGCCAAAUCCAUGCCCCUCUCCUGCGCAGUGCGUCGACAGGGGAAACAAUUACAGUUGCAUCUGUCAUCCAGGAUAUAACGGUCCUGGUUGCACUCAGCAUUACGAUCCGUGCUAUCCUAACCCUUGCCAAAAUGGCGGCAGCUGCUGGCCCAGUUUGGAUUCUUACUUCUGCUCCUGUAAUCCGGGCUUCACUGGAGAUCUGUGUGAAGAAGCCAUGGUUGCUGCCCAACCUCUGCCGAGAACUCUUGAAGACCCUGGAGAGCCGGAAGAGAAGAGCAGUUCCGAGCAUCACAAAGAAGCUCUAGAUCGCUGGCACAACAUGUAUCUGGUUGGCACCAUGCUGUGCUUGGCUGCCUCACUGGUGGCACUGAUUGCUGUUGCAUGCCACUGUCGUCUCAACAAGACGUAUCAGCGCUUCACCCGAAAAAUCAGUCGUUCAUGUUCGGAUUUGAAGCAACAGAAACUCGAAGACCCAGGCAAGUUUUCAUUGAAUCUUCGUGGGAACGCUUCUGAUGGACCUCCCAAGGAACUCCCUUACGAAGCCACCAGUGUGGACAUGGGUGACAGUCUCGAUGCACCCCUUAUAUGCUAACUCUCCCCUCCUUCCCAAACCUCUUGCAUUUUUGAAAAAAACCAUCGUCCAAAAAAAGACUGCGCAAAAAUAACUCCUUUGUGAAAGUGACGUUGUGGGAUCAUGCUGGAUAGAAGGCAAUUAUUUUAGUGAUCAAAACAAGAAAGAUUUUAAAGACUCAAAAGCAUCGCUUGGCAAGAUAUAAAUCUGGAAUUGAUUCUGUACAUAGACAAAUUGGGAAAAACAGAAAGAGAUGCUACUGAAAAUUCGAUUAAAGAUCAUGUUUGUGCGCAGUACACUUGUGGCAGUCAUCUUUUAUGAGUUUAGUUUUGUGUUUAAGUAAAAAUGAGUCUUUAAUCGGAACUCAAUAAUUCGGCAACACAGAAGGUAUAGUUUGGAUUAGUUAGUGCUCAGUCAGUAUUAUCGAACAGUGAAAACUUAAUUCUAAAUUUUUGGAGUAAAGAAUUGCGAUUGGAAACAGCAGAUAAAAUAUUUAGAAAGCUGUUAAAAGCAUUUACCACACUUGUUUUAUCUGUUAUAGCUGAAUUUGAGAUUUUUGAAUGGUAAGUCAUUCGCUAUCUAUGAUAAUUCUAUAUUGGCUGAAACCUUUUAUAAGGAAUGUAAUUUUAAACAUUUAGAGCUGUGUCAAUUUAUUGAGUUCCGAAUGUAUUGAUGCAAAUGCAAGAUUUGAAAAGAAAAUGCAGUUUUCUUUGUUAUUUUUUACUUUUUAAAAUGUCAGUUUAUAAUAUGCUUCUUUAAGUUUAAGUCAGUUUCAUCUUGUAACUGAUGCAUAAAAUAACUCAGCAUUUAAAUAUACUAUCGGCAAUUUGUGAUAAUUUAUACAACUUUGAUAUUUUAGUGGAAGAAAAGUGGAGAAUAGACAUAUACAGUUCUAUCAUAGAUAUUAAUAUUUCAGUACUUAUUUUACACUAAUGAAAGUAAUGUUAAAAAAUAAAAUACAUUUUUAAUGACAAGCAUUUUGUUAUACAUAAGAAACUAUCAAUCCAAAAACAAUCAAUAUGAAAUUCACCUACAAAAUAUCUACUGAAUCUGUAUAAUAAAACAUACAUUGUAUUUAGAGAGCGCUAAUGCUGCUACAACUAAAACUCAAAUGAAUUUAAUCAAAUUAAAAUUAAAAUAAAUAUUAGAAAUAAUUAGAAAUAAAUCAUUAUAUCUUUUUUUCUGGUUCUUUGGCUUUAAACUUAAUAAUUAUUUAUAAUAUUUAUUUUUAUUUUAAUUUCAUUACACAUAGUUAUUCUUACAUUUUAACCCCUUAAGCAGUUUAACGAAUUUCAGAUUAUCAAGUUGGAAAAGCAACGAGAAAAAAGUCCGUUUAUUUAUUAAUAAUGCUCUAUAACAUAAUUUUUUCAUUAUUAUGCAAAAUAAUGAAAAACCUUAAAUAUAUUGGAUAAAUUAUUCUUAUAUUUUGAAAAGAAUGAGAUAGAAAAAAUAAUAUUUUUUACAGAAAUGAAAUCCUAUAAAAAAAAUGAUGAUUUAGGUUAUGAGCUUAAAUUUCAAAGAAAACUUGCAUUUGCAUUGCAUACUAGAAGCAUCAUGGUAUUAUUAUCAUCAAUGCAAGUUAUUAGUUAUUAAUUCACGCACUUUAGACCACUCAGUAAAUUAGAUGCUAUCAUUGUUUUAUUGUAAUCUGUAAAUACAGUGUUUGUUGUUUUCCGAUGAAUUCUAUGUGUCGUUUCAAAAUAUUGAUUUUGUAUUACAAACUCCCAUAGCUCCAUGAAGAUUUUUCAUCACUACAAGAUUGAAAAAGCAAUUGUGAUUUUAUUAAGAAUGAAAAAUGUUAAAUAUAUGAAAAUAUAUGUGCAUACGUUGGUAAUAAGAGAGCUCAGCUGUAUUAACGAUAAGAAAGAAAACAACCUGUAUGGAAAAAGUUAUUUAAUAUUUUGAUAUAACCAAUGCAUACUUUCGAUUUGAAAAAGAAUGAAAUGAUGUCUUUAAUGCAUCGUAAUCGAUUUAUUUCACCAAUGAGAAGUAUUCAAAUAAUUUAAAUUUGUAAUAUUUUAUAUUAUUUCCGUUGAUAGAACCAUCUUUAUUUGGAAUGCAAUUGUUUUGGAUUUUCAAAUACUCACUUUUAUAAUGCAUGUAUGUAUUUUGAGUAAAUAUAUCAUUGUACUUCAGUUAUUACGUAGAAAGAAUAUUUCCUAUGUAAAAUGGGAGUUUAAGAACACAGUGUGAAGUAUUUGUUGUGUUGUGAAGUCAGGAGACAUUGUAUUAAUUGAAAUGAAUAAAGUGUUAU